CUUUCUUUCUUUCUUUCUUUCUUUCUUUCUCUCUCUCUCUCCCUCUCCCUCUCUCUCUCCCCCUCCCUCCCUCUCUCUCUCUCUCUCUCUUUCUUUCUUUCUCCAGGAACAAUACUGUGAAAACUGGAGGAAGUCAAAUAGAUUAGGAGUCAAGGAUCCAGUUGUGGACUCAGCCACUACUGAGACAACAUGUGUAAAACAACAGAGUCUAGGAGUGGGGUGUAGGUGAUGACAUUAUGCAGCCUCCAGAAUCCCCAUCCAGUGGAUCCAGUGUCCAAGGAUUCUGGGAGCUGUAGUCCCAAUGAUUCUAGACGGUUCCAUGAUGCCAUGGCGGAUCUGAAGGAGGCAGAGCGAGACAGAGGGGCAUGGAGAGUGCUGGUCCAUUGAAUGGCCCUGGAUCAGACUUAAUGAGUGGCUGAUGAUAAUGCUUCUACUGGGGGUGGAGGAAAAUAUUCCUUCAGUUCCUCUUCUGUUUAUUUAUUCAUGACUCCCUAGGGAUGGGAUCCCACGAAGCAAAGUCACAGGAAGUACAUGGACAAAAGUUAAUGGCAUCAUUGACGAGGCCAAAUAUCCAAAUCAUAAAGAACUCUGCCCUCCAAGAAUGCCAUCACCCCAAUAAAGUUUCAAUCAUUACAUAUGACACUUUUCUGUGAAAAAUCAAUGGCUUUGGGGAAGAAAAAAUUGAAGGAGAGAGUGCUAUAUAUAUGCAGCUUUGAGAUCCCGAAGGGAAGGUGAGAUAGACAUCUAUCAAAUAAGUGGACAUAAUAGAGAUUUGGUAAUUCCAAAAUGGGGUCUUAGAGAUCACAUGUAGACCAUAGGUCAUCAUCUCCCCAUCAUUCUAGGUGAUUUGGUGAGAGUAUUCCGGGAAUAGCUAUUAUAUCAAGAGAAACGAAAGGAGGAAGCUCAGUGUUAACAGUAGGACCAUCGUGUUCUAGUCACAAAAGUCAAUGGAACAGAAGCUUCAGUUAAUAGGAGGUCAAUCAUGGAGUUAACCAACCUCUGGAACAAGUCGGGUAUGUUUUUUGGAAUUUUGAGUUGGUCUUCCUGGAUCAUGUUAACUGUUCUCCCCAUCCCCGUUUCCUCAAGCCCAUUAGGAAAAGAGUUUAUCACUGCAUUCAUGCAAAAUGGUUUCCCACAAAGGUUCCAGGGAGAUUUUAAGCUUCUCAUCACAGGUUCUGUUCAGUCCACAUCUGUUACUAUCUUCAUGAAACAACCCGCACUGAGGGUAACGGUCAUCGCGAACGCCGGAGAAACGCUUUCAGUGAAAAUCCCACCAGAGGCUGAGAUGGUUGGAAGCAACAUUUUUGACAAUACCCUCACUGUCCGGGCUGACAAUGAUAUCUCCGUUGUUUCCCAUUCCUACAAACCACACUCCGCCGGCACCACUAUUGUCUAUCCCAUGGAAAGCUUGGGUACCGAAUAUUAUGUCAUGACACCAAAUGUGGGGACCGAUCGCUACCGAGAAUUUGCCAUUAUAAGCUGGGCAGAAGCCACGUCGAUCAGUAUCGACCUGAAAGGUCCUGUGAUUUUCCAACGAAAAUCCUACCUACGAGGAAGCAAGCUGACCAUCACCCUUCAACCUUAUCAGGCUGCUCAGUUCCAAGGCCAGGUGGACCUCUCUGGUACUAAAAUAGUCUCCCAGAAACCAGUGGCUGUCUAUAGUGGACAUACAUGCGUCUCUAGGCAGAUCCAGUGCGAUCAUGUCCUUGAACAGCUUUUGCCCAUUACCAGCUGGGGCACCAAGUUCAUUGUCCCCUCUUUACCGUUUAAUACCGAGUAUGACAUCGUGUAUGUUUCUGCUUCCCAAAACACUCGGGUUGAUGUCCAGAAUGGACAAAUCAGGAAUACCAAGAUUUUGCAGGCUGCCCGGGUAGCAUUUUAUGGGAUUCAAGGCACAACGGCCAUGUCCAUCUCAGCUAGUUCUGGCAUCCAAGUUAUGUUUUUCAGUGAUGGUGGCACCUUUGGGAAUCUUAAAUAUGAUCCAUUCUUCAUGGCAAUACCUGAUAUCUCCAGUUACUGCCUGGCCUACAACACCUAUAGUAGUGACCAGUUUGAGAACUAUGCCCUGAUCAUUGCCAAAUCUUCGGAAAUUUCCGGGAUCACUGUGGACAGCAGGCCGUUGCAUACGCUGCAAUGGCGUGUCGUUUCUGGCACCGAUUACUCUUGGACUGCUCACAGCUUAGGCCAAACGCAAAAUACCAUCCACAGAAUAGAACAUCCCAGCUCACCCUUUGGGCUGUUGAGCGUGGGGAUUGCAAAUGGAAAGGCUUGCGGUUCUCCUGCUGUUUGUGCAAAUGAUCCCUGCAGAACUCUCAAGUGCAGGACCAAGGAAGUAUGCAAAAUACUACAGGGUCAAGCAACUUGUAUCCAUGAGUACACGGGGACCUGCGUGGGCACCACAGCCAAGUAUUUCCAGACUUUUGAUGGUCUCUUUAUGGAUUUUAAAGACUCUUGCACCUAUAGCAUUGCACAGUAUUGCGGCAGCGACCCAACGCUUGAGCCCUUCAAGAUUGAAGAGAAGAACAGCAAGAUGGACAUUCAGGGUGUUUUCAAGCUCCAGCAAAUCCGUAUCAAAGUGUAUGGUCACAAUAUUACUAUUGACAAGGAAGAAGAUGUCCGAAUAACGGUCAAUGAUCUGGAGGUCAACAUCCCUACCACGGUGGUAAGUGGCAAAGUCAAAAUCAGCCAGAGCAACGGACAUCUCACCAUUGCAAGCGAUUUUGGCCUUCAGGUAUCAUUUGACAACAACUGGGCUGUAGUGGUGACUCUCCCCAGCAGCUAUUAUGGAGCCACCUGUGGGCUCUGUGGGAACUUCAACGAGGUAACAACGGAUGACAUGGUUGAUCUUAAUGGCACACAAGUUUCCUCCCUCAUGGCCUGGGCCAGUAGCUGGAAAGUCGAUGACCAAGAUCCUCCUUGCUCAGAUUCCUGUCGAGGAAACUGCUUGGCUUGUAAUGACAGCCAGAAGGAGCUUUAUGGCAGUGGGAGAUAUUGUGGAAUUAUCAGCCAUCUUUCAACUGAACUUUUUGGGGCGUGUCAUUCCACUGUGGAUCCCACCAGCUACUACAAUGAUUGCAUCAACCGAAUGUGUGUAAACCAAAGGGACAAUGAUGUGCUGUGCCAAGCAGUGGAGGCCUAUGCCACGGCCUGCGAAGAACGGGGCAUCCUUGUUAACGAAUGGAAAAAGGCAUCUGGCUGCGAUCAAGACCCAACUGACCACAGCGCAAACGAGACAAUUGAUGAAGCUCACAUCUGCCCUGAGAACAGCCACUACGAAGCCUGUGGAAAUGCUUGCCCAGACACCUGCUCCGAGCCUUCAGCCUCCUCUUUCUGUACCCUGAAUUGUGUGCCAAAUUGCCAGUGUAACAGUGGUUACGUCCUCCACGACAGCCAGUGCGUCCCCACGGAAAGCUGCGGCUGCCUCUACCGUGGCGUCCAGUACGAACUGGGAGAAGAAUUCUGGGAAGACGAGAACUGCCUUUCCCGCUGCAAGUGUGAUCUCAGCCAGGGGAUGGUAAACUGCUGGAAGGCCGGUUGUAAGGCCCAUCAAAAAUGUACCACAGUCAACGGCGUGCACCAGUGCAAAGGGUCGGCUUACUCCACCUGCAUUGGAACUGGAGACCCUCACUAUACCACCUUUGAUGGGCGGAAGUACGACUUCCAAGGUAGCUGCGUUUAUCAGAUGGCUGGGAUCUGCUCCAAGGACAGCAGUCUUGUCCCGUUUUCAGUCAUAGUACAAAACAACAACCGAGGCAAUAAGGCCGUGUCCUUUACCAAAGUCGUGACUUUGGAAGUCUACAAUAUGACCCUCAGCCUGAGCCAAGAGCAUCCACGCAAAAUCCAGGUUAAUGGAGUCUUGUUGGACCUUCCCUUCUCCUAUAAAAAUAAAUUGAAGGGCUACACCAGUGGAGUCCAUGGCUUCAUCAAGACAGACUUUGAUCUGCGGGUCAGCUUUGACUGGAACAGCUAUGCCAGGGUCAUCAUUCCAAAAACCUAUGCCAGCGCACUCUGUGGUCUCUGUGGUAAUGCCAAUCAAGAUCCAAGUGAUGACCUUCUCAUGAAAGAUGGAACACAAGCAGAGGAUGAAGUCCAGUUUGCAAACAGCUGGAAGGUGAGGGAAGUCCCGGGGUGCUCCACAGGAUGUACGACUAACUGUCCAGUCUGUAAUGAGGAGCAGAAGCAAAUCUACAAGGGUGACCAAUUCUGUGUCAUCCUGAUAAAAAAGAAUGGACCGUUCAGGCAAUGCCAUAAAAUGAUUGAUCCAACGUCCCACUUUGACGAUUGUGUCUUUGAUACCUGUGUGUACAAGGGCCAUCGUGAUACCCUCUGCAGUGCCAUCAGUGCCUACGGAACAGCCUGCCAAGCUAUGGGCAUCCAAGUUAAGCCGUGGAGAUCAGCUUCUUUCUGCAACCUUCCCUGUCCACGUAAUUCCCACUACGAACCCUGUGGAAAUGGCUGCCCUGCCACUUGUCAGAGUCUCUCAGCUCCAGAAACCUGUAAAGCUCCCUGUGUAGAAGGAUGUUUUUGUGACUCUGGAUUCAUUCUGAGUGGCGAUCAAUGUAUUUCCCUUGCUGAGUGUGGCUGUACGCACCAGGGCAGAUACUACAAGAAGGGAGAGGAGUUCUACCCUACCACCUCUUGCCAGGAGAAGUGUCAUUGUACGGACAAUGGAGCGAUUGAAUGCCACCAGUUCUCUUGCGGUGCUUAUGAGGUGUGCAGGAUGGAAAAUGGGAUCCAAGGUUGUCAUCCUCUGGGGUAUGGAACGACCACAGCUACCGGUGACCCUCAUCACAUUUCCUUUGAUGGGCGUAGUUUUGAUUUCCAUGGCUCUUGCACUUACAUCCUAACCAAAGUAUGUAGCAAGGAUCCCCAAUUAGUGCAAUUCUCAGUGUUGGUGGAGAAUGAGAAGCUUGAACGUUGGCGUGCAUCUACAAGAAAAAUUAUAAUAUCAGUGCAAGGAUAUUCCGUUGUCCUUGAAAGGGGAAUAAAGUGGAAGACCAUGGUGGAUGGAGAGUAUUAUACAUUGCCAAUGAGCACCGUUGAUGGAAAACUGUGGAUCACACAAGAAGGGAACAACAUCAUUGUCCAGUCACCUUUUAUUCUCCAAGUCCUCUAUGAUGCUUCCUCACAUGUACAUGUCUCAGUUUCCACCACAUAUUAUGGGCACCUGUGUGGCUUGGCUGGCAACUUCAAUAGUGACCAGAGUGAUGAUUUUAUGCUGUCUAACGGCGACAUAACUCAAAGCAUGGAUGAGUUCGGUGCUUCCUGGAAGGUUCCUGGGAACGGUGGUCAAUGCUCUGAUGGUUGUGGGGAGAACUGCCCCACCUGCCACGCUACCCAGACUGCACCCUAUGAAACCGAAAGUUCUUGUGGAAUGAUCCGAUCCAAGACUGGUCCCUUUAAAGGCUGCCACCCAUUCGUUAGUCCCGUUGACUACUUCAGAUUUUGUCUCCAUGACAUGUGUUUGGCCAAUGGAGCAGGAGAUACCUUGUGUCAAAGUCUUCAAGCCUACACGGUUGCAUGCCAGCUAGCUGGAGCCAACGUUGGACCUUGGAGAUCAACCUCCUUCUGUUCUCUUUCCUGCCCAGCUCACAGUCAUUACGAGUUGUGUACUCGAUCCUGUGAGUUCACAUGUGCUGCUCUAUCUGCUCCAACUCACUGCACAGGAGAAUGUUUUGAAGGCUGCCAGUGUGACAAUGGCUACGCCUUUGAUGGGGAGGAAUGUGUCCCUCUGGAUAAGUGCGGAUGUGUUUAUGAAGGGCGUUACAUCAAGGCAGGGGAGACUCUCCUCUCCAACGACUGCUCCGAGAAGAACGCUUGCCACCCAUCUAACCAGCUCAUCCGGGCCAAGAACCGCUGUGCUGUGGGAGAGACCUGUAUGCUCACAGCCAAAAGGUACGGCUGCGUAAGGCAGGAAGGCCGCUGUACUCUCAGCCCAGAAACGUGGUUCAGCUCCUUUGAUGGAGUCCAAGGGAAGCUUAGCACCAGCGGUGUUUACAAGCUGACGUCCUAUUGCGAUGAGGACUCGCCCACCUGGUUUAAAGUGGUGGCGGAUAUCAAUGAUUGCAACGAUCACAUGGUGCCUGCUGCUACCGCCAUCUACGUCUUCUUCCGGGAAGCAUUCAUCACGGUGACUAACUUCAAGGAGACUUGGGUCAAUGGACUCUUGGUCCAGCUGCCCCAUAACAUCUCUUCUGCCAUCUCGAUCACUGAAACUCAGGAUAGCAUCGUCAUCAGUCAAAACUCCCAGCUACAAGUUCUCUACAGUCCCAAUGGCAAAAUAACCGUGAAGGUCACCAGCAACUUGGCAGGGAGGUUAUGUGCCCCUUGUGGGAACUUUAACGACGAAGCUUCGGAUGACUUAAAGCUGCCUAACAAUCAGAUGGCAGAUAACAUCGCUGAGGUUGUUGAUGCUUGGAAAGCCAGAGAUUUCUUAGGAUGUUACUAUUCCCAAGAGAACUGACGCUGUUUUGAAUGAUUGCUUCCUGUUCGAAGGACAGACCAGCUGUGAUCCCCCCCUUGCCACUAGGCCUCUUCAGAUGUCACUUACUAGGAAGGAAUCUCAGCGGAGCAUGACAGAACAAUAUUUACUUCCUCCACAUUACUCAGAAAGUGUCUACUACCCUGUUCCACUGCCACUUACUGACUCAUCCUGAAACUGUGACCAAAGUCCCUUGCCACCAACUUUACUAUCAGAGUUAUGUGCUUUUGUGCAGAGAACGUUGCGGACGGACAUAGAAAUAUUUAUAGCAAGAGAACGCUAGGCAUCUUUUUACCAUGUAAUGACAUUCCUACAGUGGGGUGAAUAAUACCCAGAAUCAGAUCCAAUGCCUUUAUUCACCAAUAUUUGAUCUCCUCCUUUCUGCUUCUGCUUCUGUCUCUUGUCUCUUUAUCUCUAUGUCUGUCUCUGUCUCUGUCUCUGUCUGUCUCUCUCUCUCUGUGUGUCUCUGUUUUUCUCUCUGUUUCUCUCUCUCCCUCCCUCCCUCUCUCUCUCUCUCUCCCUCUCUCUGUUCCUCUCCCUCUCUCUGUUUCUCUCUCUUUCUCUGUUUCCCUCUCUGUGUGUUUCUCUCCUUCUCCCCCCCUCUUUCUUACACACACACACAUAUAUUUUGGAAAGCACCAACACCAUCAAUUCAAUCUUGGCGCAGUCUUCUCUAUUCAUUAUGUAGGUGGAAUGCCUUUAGAAGGUGUUCUCCGUGUCAGAUACGUAUUUACACGCAGUAGGACGUGUCAAAUAGCACACCCAAUGUUUAUCGGAUGUUCAUCUCUGGAUUAGGGCACUUUACCCUUCCCAAUCUUUCAUAAAAGCAGUUUAAAUGCAACAGGAACAGAGAGAGUCUGUAAGGAACAGCAAAAGUGAUCAGAGCCCAAAUUUCAGCAGACCAAUAACAGAAUAUAAAGAACAAUAUCCAGUGAGUAUCCUGCCUCCUCUGGACUAUCAAAAAUGGUAGGGUAACAAAAAUCCCUAUCCACCCCACGCCAUACAAAUGGAAAUAAAACAAUUUGUGUGCUUGA